AUGUCUACCUCAACCCCAGUCCCAGUCCCACCACUCCAAGAAGAAAAAGAAGAACCCGUCAUCCCGCUGUUCGCUGAACGACCUGAAUGGGCGGACGUUGCACCACUGGAACAAUACGAGGGCGUGAACCCGCUAGCGCCGAUCUUGUAUUCGCCCGUAUAUAAAGACGCGACGAAUUAUUUCCGCGGGAUCGUGAAGAUUGGGGAGAAGAGCCAGAGGGUGCUCGAGCUUACUGAAGCCGUUAUCAGGCUUAAUCCUGCUCAUUACUCUGCUUGGCAAUAUCGAUACGAAACUCUACUAUCCAUCAACGCGCCCCUUGACGUCGAACUCAAACUAAUGGACGAACUCGCGGUGAAGUACCUAAAGACAUACCAAGUCUGGCACCACCGCCGUCUCUUACUAACCAUCACCCGCAAGCCGUUACAAGAACUAGAUUUCAUCACGCGCUCGUUAACGGCGGACACGAAGAACUACCAUACAUGGUCCUAUCGCCAAUGGCUGCUGGCUUAUUUCAACGAUGAAGAUGAACUGUGGACGGGCGAGCUGGAUUUCGUGGAUGCGAUGCUGGCGCAGGAUGUUAGGAACAAUUCAGCGUGGCAUCAUCGUUUCUUUGUCGUUUGGGGGUGUGGUGUUAGGGAGGGGGAGGAGGAUAGGGGGAGGGUGUAUAAGCGGGAGUUGACGUACGUGAAACAGAACAUCUCACUUGCGCCAAACAACCUCUCUGCAUGGAACUACCUCCGUGGGAUCAUGGAACACACGAAGACGCCGUUUGCUAGCGUGAAGGCUUUCGUGCGGCCCUACACGCUCCCUAUCGACCCGGCCUCCGUUGAUAUCGUGGAUUUGGAGAACCCGCCCCCGACUAAAGGAGCCAACUUGCCUUGUCCGUCCGCUAUUGAGUUUUUGGCGGAUGUUUAUGAGCAGGAGAAGAAUACGUUGGAGGCGAUUGAGCUGUGGACUUCGCUCGCUAAUACACAUGAUGUGAUUCGCAAGAAGUAUUGGGAGCACAGGAUCAGGGAUGCGCUUGAGGCUUCAAGGAUCUGAGUGAAUAGGAGAAGUCGUUCCUUUCGUGAGAGCUGCAAGAGAGAAUCGGUUGUGGUCUGUUGUAAAUAUUGUCGUUCUUUCCCAUUAUUUCGUUCGAAAUGUAUCCAUCGGUUUUUGGGGUUAUUGUUUACAAUCUCAUUGUUUUCGACUGGCAUGCUUCUGACAAUGAGUGUAAGUACAUCGCAACCACUGCUUAGUACUUCUGUCAUUGAUAUUUCUGCGAACCUGAGUUCUCUUGGACAAUAGAUUUUGUCUACCGGUUGAUGGAC